CGUAACAGUGAGCGUCGAGGCAAUAGCCAAGACGUCGGCGAGGCCAUCACGAUUCUCAGGCAAACAUUGGCUUUGCACCCAAGCAGUCACCGAGAUCGGGUUCUGCCAUUAAAUAACCUUGCAAAUGGACUCUCUACCCGCUUUGAGCACGGAGGCAAUUACCAAGAUUUGGAUGAGGCUAUCAUGUUUUGCAAGGAAGCACUGGAUUUAGUCCCGGUCAUCGGUCACCCAAAUCGACCCAAGUCAUUAAAUAGCCUUGCGUAUACGCUCUCUACUCGCAUACAGCACCGAGGCGACGGCAAAGAAUUGAAUGAAGCUAUCGCAUAUCACAGGGAAGCGCUAUAUCGGACCCUGGUCGGUCACUCAAGUCGGUCCAAGUCAUUAAAUAACCUUGCGAAUCUGUGCAUUGACUCUGUUGACGCAACACAUCAGGAAAUCACGGGUUUACCUUCUCAACCUUAA